UCUCUUUUCUCCUCCAAAUCUCCGAUCCUUUUCCAUCUCUCUCUAUCUUCUCCAGAGCUUUCUUACGUCUUCCUUCUCUUCUUUCUUCGUUGAUUCCUUGCCGAGAUCCAUGGCAGGCAAGGGCGAAGGUCCGGCGAUCGGGAUCGAUCUCGGGACGACCUACUCGUGCGUCGGCGUGUGGCAGCAUGAUCGGGUGGAGAUCAUCGCGAACGACCAGGGGAACCGCACCACUCCCUCCUACGUCGCCUUCACCGACAGCGAGCGGCUCAUCGGCGAUGCCGCCAAGAACCAGGUCGCCACGAACCCCACCAACACCGUCUUCGAUGCAAAGCGUUUGAUUGGCAGACGCUUCACUGAUGCUUCUGUAAAGAAUGACAUGAAGCUAUGGCCCUUUAAGGCGGUUGCUGGCCCCGGAGAUAAGCCUUUGAUUGCAGUCCAAUAUAAGGGGGAGGAGAAACAAUUUGCUGCAGAAGAAAUAUCCUCUAUGGUGUUGAUGAAAAUGCGUGAAAUUGCGGAGGCUUACCUUGGCUCUACAGUUAAGAAUGCUGUUGUUACUGUCCCUGCUUACUUCAAUGACUCACAACGGCAAGCUACAAAGGAUGCUGGUGUCAUUGCAGGCCUCAAUGUCAUGCGUAUCAUUAAUGAGCCCACAGCUGCUGCCAUUGCUUAUGGUCUUGACAAGAAGGCUGGCAGCGCUGGGGAGAAGAAUAUUCUCAUUUUUGACCUUGGUGGUGGCACUUUUGAUGUCUCCCUCCUCACUAUUGAAGGGGGAAUUUUUGAGGUGAAGGCCACUGCUGGUGACACCCAUUUGGGUGGUGAGGACUUUGACAACCGUAUGGUGAACCACUUUGUUCAUGAGUUCAAGUGGAAGCACAAGAAGGAUAUCAGAGGCAAUCCUAGGGCUCUUAGGAGGCUGAGGACUGCUUGUGAAAGGGCAAAAAGAACUUUAUCAUCUACUGCCCAAACCACAAUCGAGAUUGAUUCUCUAUUUGAAGGCAUUGAUUUCUACUCAACCAUCACCCGGGCAAGGUUCGAGGAACUCAACAUGGAUCUUUUCAAAAAGUGCAUGGAGCCUGUUGAAAAAUGCCUGAGAGAUUCUAAGAUGGCCAAGAGUUCAGUCCAUGAAGUUGUUCUUGUAGGUGGAUCAACCAGGAUACCCAGAGUCCAGCAACUGCUUCAGGAUUUCUUCAAUGGGAAGGAACUCUGUAAGAGUAUCAACCCUGAUGAAGCUGUUGCAUAUGGUGCUGCUGUUCAGGCCGCCAUCUUGAGUGGUGAGGGCAAUAAAAAAGUGCAGGACCUUCUGUUGCUGGAUGUCACUCCUCUUUCCCUUGGAUUGGAGACUGCUGGAGGAGUCAUGACAGUGUUGAUUCCAAGGAACACCACCAUCCCUACCAAGAAGGAUCAAGUCUUCUCCACCAACUCCGACAAUCAACCUGAUGUCUUGAUCAAAGUCUAUGAGGGUGAGAGGGCGAGGACAAAGGACAACAACCUAGUAGGGAAAUUUGAGCUUUCUGGGAUCCGCCCUGCUCCAAGGGGUGUACCUCAAAUCACUGUCUGCUUUGAUAUUGAUUCCAAUGGUAUUUUUAAUGUCUCGGCACAGGAUAAGGCCACCGGGCAGAAGAACAAGAUAACUAUUACUAAUGAUAAGGGUAGGCUGAGCAAGGAGGAAAUCGAGAAAAUGGUUCAAGAGGCUGAAAAAUACAAAGCUGAGGAUGAGGAGCACAAGACGAAGGUGAAGGCCAAGAAUGAACUGGAGAAUUGUGCAUACAACUUCAGGAACACCAUUAGGGAUGAUAAGAUUGCAUCCAAACUGGCUGCAGCUGACAAGAAGAAGAUUGAGGAUGCAAUCGAGCAGGCUAUCAAUUGGCUGGACAGCAACCAGCUAGCUGAGGCUGAUGAAUUUGAGGACAAGAUGAAGGAGCUGGAGGGCAUCUGCAGCCCCAUUAUCGCCAAUGCGUGCCUGGAUGAAGCUGUUGCUAUGCUUCGUGGCGUGACUGAAGAUGGUCCUGCAGCUGGUGGAAGUGGUCCAGGUCCCAAGAUUGAGGAGAUUGAUUAGGUUUUGGGCAGGGGAUUUCAAUUCAUAUUAGCUUUUCCUAGGUUCUAUAGGAUUUCCGAAUUGGUGGACAUUUGAGUUUGAAUUUCACUUGUUUUUGGUGGCCUUGUUGAGAUGGGCCAUUGAUUUUUGGUGACUUUUGUUCAGCAGUUGGUACUCUUAAAGUUGAUACCCAAUAUAAUUGUUACCCUUUUAAGCA